GAAAAAAGCAAGCUACAAGAAGGAAGAGCAAUGGCGACAUUGGAUCGCCAAAUACCAAGUCCGGAUACGUUUCUGUGUAAACCUUGGUCUACCUUCGUUAAAGCAACCAAAUUACAGUAUUUUGACAAUUCUCCCUUCGAAGACAGUGUGAAAUACCUGAUCGACAACAAAGAUGCAAUAAAACUCAGCAGAGAAGAGAUGCACGUGUACGGCCAGCGUCCCACCCAGGAGGAUUUCUGCCUCGUCGUCUGCCAUGUCUGCAACCAAGUGGUCAAACCCCAGGGAAUCCUGACCCAUUACGGUAGGAGGCCCGGAACCCACACGGCCGCGCCCGGAGUUCCGCUCUGCCAAACGGCCUCACGCCCAAACACUGCCAGACACGGGCGAGGGAGAAAGGGGGGAGGGAAACAAAAAAACACUGCUUGAAGAUCCUUUCAAAACAAUGCUCGUGCUUCACUUCAGCUGAUUGUUCUCUGAGUCUAGACACCUUUUGGAACUUUUUCAUAUUUUAAAUUUUUUAGAAAAAGUCAGAUGGAAGGAAUGAAGUGUAUGAAGGGGCACUCAACCCCAAAAUAUCUUAGUCCAUGUAGGUUACUUUGAAUUUUCUUUUUGUACAAGCUAUAGAAUGUCCAGGGUAUUUCUGAAAAAAACAUUUGCUUGAUAGUUCUUUCAAAGGUAUUUGAAAGGUUUUUCAAAUAGUAAUGAAUCCCAGGUGAGCAUGCGAAUUUCCUCUAUGUAGUAAAGCUUGGCUGAAAUGGUUUCCACCGCAGUAUCUUGACACAACCGACAGUGGAUGGACACGACCAUGUAAAAUACAUUGAGUUUGGCCAUUGUAGUUUAUUUGGGAAUGACUGGGAAAAACAGUUACAGUUACUAAACCAAGUGUCUGUGUUUAUAUUUGCAACGAGCCCAACACUAGACCUUUACCUUCUCCCUUUCUCCAACCCUCUCUCUCUCUCUCUCUCUCUCUCUCUCUCUCUCUCUCUCUCUCU